UAUUGUCAGUAGAUAUUUUUUAAUGUUUUUAAGAAAUAGAUUAAGAUUUAGCCAAAAAAUCAGUCUCCUCUAUAAAAAGUCGAAACUAUAAUUUCUGGAGUUGCCAAAAUGAAAGAAAAAGGUCUUUUCAUAUUCUAUAUCUAAGACCUUAAAUUUUAAUUUUCUAAUUUAAAAAUAAUAUUAGCAACUCAUUCCAUUAACUGCCGAAAAAUUUUACUAUUUUUUCCCUUUUUAUUUUGCUUUACGUUUCGUAGAAUAGCUCAUAGGUGCACAAAUACAUAAAAUUAACAUUACUAUACAUUUACUAUAUAAAAUCAAAUUUUAACUGUUCUCUCAGAACUUAAUUUUACAUAAAUGUAUAUUUAUAUUGCAUAUAACAAUUAAACACACAAAAUUUAACAAUCGGUUAACUAACAAAACAGAAUAAAAACCAGCCGAAUAUUUCAUAACCAUUUAAACACCCUACAUUACGGUUUUGACAACAAAUCUAAAACAUUAUAUGAGAGAAUUCUAUUUAUAUAACUACAUAAAUACAAGUAGAUAUACUAUAUUUUUACCUAGAAAUUUUGAAAUUAAGGUGGCUAAUGUUUUAAUCAAAUAUAUAACAAUAAUUAUGUAUAUAGGUAUAUAAAUUUCUGUGAGAAAAAUCUGUAUAACAAACAUAUAACAUAGUAAUAAAAAACAGGAUAAGGUAUAAGAAGAAAAAUUUUCCGAAAAAAAAAAACAGAAAAAAAAUUUAUUAUACAAUACCCAGGAUAAAACAAAAUAUUUAACCUGUAAAAUAAAUAGCUUGUGUAAAAAAUAUAUAAAAUAAUAUUAAACAAAACAACAACAAACAAAACAAGCAAACAAAACCGUAAACAAUAGAAAGAAAAGAAGAGAACAAGAAGAGAAGAAAAAAGAGAAGAAAAUCAAAUAUUAAUUCUCACUGGUCCAGAUGAAUGCUUCAAAAUUUUUUAGGCUUCAGAAAAAUAAAAAUAAGAAAGAAAAAAACAAAUAACAAAAUUGAAAACAAGCAACCAAAAAAAUAUUGAAUUGAAAUUUUCAACAACGCAAACAAACAGAACAACAAAUCAGAAAACAAACAUAUAAAAAAAUCAUUUUAGAAUAAAAAACAAUAAAAAUAAAAUUCUCCAAAAUGGGUACAGUUAUAUGCCACCCAUUAGAACCUGGUGGUAGCUGUAGUAGAGUUACACCAGAUGGUGCUAUCGGUUUAAUAACCGAUGUUACGGCUGAAUGUCAUCAUUGUGUUACAAAUUGUUUACCAAGUAUAAUUGUUGGUGGACAUCAUCCGCAUGGUGAACGAUUUUACACGAGAACUUCAUCAUCUGGGAUUACUUGCUCUGAGAGUGCUUAUAUUUUGGCUAUUGGACAACCAAAAAUUUCGGUUACUGAAGGAUUACUCGAUAGCCAAAAAGGAGCUAAAGAGGAGGUAUUUAUUUUGAACACAGGAAAUCGGCAUUUACGAUAA